AGCGUGUGGACAUGCGCAAUAUAAACUUCAAAUUGGAAGGGGAUAAUACGUGUUCUUGCUCUUCAAGUUCGUAAAAUUUCGAUUAUCUGUGUUGGUUGGAGGAAAUUACUUUCUCUGACACAUCUCAGAUGAAGUAAGCAUGGACUAGCUUACGAAGCGCAUCACCCCAAAGUCAAGAACAAGUCAACAAUUUAUAUAGAGGUUCUCACAUCAAAGGAUUCAAAAUGGUUUUAUCACAAAGGCAGAAAGAUGAGCUGAACAAGGCUAUUGCUGACUACCUCAGUUCCAAUGGCUACAUGAAUGCUCUCGGGGAAUUCCAGAAAGAGGCCUCUAUGUCCCCUGAGAUAGAAAAGAAGUAUGCAGGUCUCCUUGAGAAGAAGUGGACCUCAGUCAUCAGACUGCAGAAAAAGGUCAUGGACCUUGAAGCGAAGCUCUCUGAGACAGAGAGAGAGUACAAUGCAGGUGCCCCUACGCGGGACAAGCGCAGCCCGCUGGAAUGGAUUCCCCGCCCCCCGGAGAAGUACACCAUGACCGGACACAGGAGUCCAGUCACCAAGGUCAUCAUACAUCCUGUCUUCGCUGUUAUGGUGUCGGCUAGUGAGGACGCCACGCUCAAGCUGUGGGACUACGAAACCGGGGACUACGAGCGGAGCCUGAAGGGACACACAGACUCCGUACAGGAUAUCUCCUUUGACUCCACAGGAAACUUCCUUGCCUCUUGUUCAGCUGACAUGACGAUCAAGCUGUGGGACUUCAAGGGCUACGAAUGCAUCAAAACCAUGUAUGGCCACGACCACAACGUUUCGAGUGUGUGUUUCAUGCCAAGUGGGGAUUUCGUUGUCUCGGCUUCCCGAGACAAAACCAUCAAGAUGUGGGAGGUGGCCACCGGGUACUGCGUGAAGACGUUCACCGGCCACCGGGAGUGGGUGAGGAUGGUGAGAGUGAACAAUGACGGAUCUCUCCUGGCCAGCUGCUCAAAUGAUCAGACUGUCCGUGUGUGGGUAACAGCCACAAAGGAGUGCAAGGCCGAACUUCGGGAACACGAGCAUGUGGUGGAGUGCAUCACCUGGGCUCCGGAGUCAGCCCACCCUGCCAUCAACGAGGGAGCCGGCAUUGAUGCCAAGAAACCCCGCAGUGGCCCCUUCCUGAUCUCCGGGUCCCGGGACAAGACCAUCAAGAUGUGGGACGUCAGCGUUGGACUCUGCCUCUUCACUCUGGUUGGCCACGACAACUGGGUGCGUGGACUGGUGUUCCACCCUGGCGGCAAAUUUAUCUUGGCCGACAAGCGGAUGACAAAGAACAAAGCUCUGCGAGUGUGGCACAUCAAGAACAAGCGGAACCACAAGACUCUGGAGGCUCACACACACUUUGUCACGUCACUAGAUAUGCACAGAACUGCUCCGUAUGUAGUGACCGGAAGUGUGGACCAAAAUGUCAAAGUAUGGGAGUGCCGUUAAUAACCAAUCAAAACAUAGGUACAGAGGAAGGAACUAUCUGAUUGGUCAUUGCUGUGGGUUACUAGAGUCCGCAGAUCGGACAGAAGAGUUAUACAGACAAACGAGUAUCUUGUUUUGUGGUUGCGUGGCUCCGCAAGAGAUCUUAGGCAUUACAUAUUUAUUAUUCUCCAACACAGGGUUGAAAAGCUGUCUAUGAGAGAGUGCUUUCAAAACUGUGCUCAUUCUGAUGGCCUAGGACUUGUCAAAUGCAUUUAUUUCAAUGAUUACAGAAAUUUGCAACCUUGUCAAUGACAACAACAUACUCAACAGGGAAAGAGAACCUGUUCAGCACUGUGAGAUAUCUGGGAAAAUGAUGGAAAAAUGACCUGUUGCGUAGCUAGCCAAGCCAUACGAGAUCAGCAAGCAUAAUCUGCAGUGGCUGUUGCCAUAGCUAGAGGAGACAGACGAAGGAGGCCUGUUUUGAAGCCACUUUCUCAUACGACCAACAACCCUGAACCUGUGUGAUAUUGUGCUUGUCUGUGCCGGCUUGACGGGACGAUUCUACAGUGCACUGUCCCCUCACUGUUUGGCUGCAUACAUGUGUAUUUAAACAACCUCUUGUGGUCUUCUGCAUAGUUACCCUCACUUGUCUAAACAGGCUGCUUCGAUAGUUGAUAUUGUCACAUACGUGAAGUACGUGUAAUGUUGUUCAAGUAAUUUUUGACCAGUUCUAGACAAUGUAUUCAAACUCAUCAUAUCCUAUCAUCUUAGGUCACACGGAAUAUUACUUCAGUUGUGUUGGAAAAUUUUUAGAAUUAAUACUUGUGCUCAUAUUUAUCCUCUGUCAUGGAUUUCUACCUUCUUUUCAUGUUGAGUGCAUGAUGCAUAUGCAUGAGCAUUGUAAUGGCCGUGUGUGUCCUAAGUGUUUGGUAGGGCUACCAAUUUUUUGAUGGUGUCAGGUCAAGUUUGAAGACUACAAUCUAGGUGAGUACAUGACUAUAUUUUCAUCUAAAGUAUCUUUACUUAUUCAGCAUGUUUGGAUUUUUUGAAGCAGUACUGCGCGGUCGUGAUCAAGUUUGAAUCCUUCAAAACUUAAACCACUUCAUUCAUUUGUUAUUUCGCCUGUCGAGAAACUUGUGACGGCAGAGAAUGCUGCUUCCUUUGUGUUUGUCAUUGGUGAUAUUAAGAGCUUGGACAAGUUAGGAAAUUUGCACCACAGUUUUUUGUUUUUAUGAUAGCCUUCAGCCCACCAGGGAUAAAAGUUGUCUCCGUUGCAACUCACAUGUGACUAACUCCCUCAGAUCAUUAAGUGCUAUUCGUCUGUACAUACUAAAUAUCUCUGAGAGAUUCUUCGCCAGUUUGCUGCUAGCUAAGAACCACAGAUGCAAAGCUACGGGUGUUCUGAGGAUGCCCAACAGAUGUCAGCCAGUUCUGCCCUUUCGCUCUCUCUUGCACGAGCAUCUAGUUUCCCACAAGAUUGUAAAUUUCCAACUGGUUUUGUACAGAUGUAGAAGUAAGACCUAGAGUAUUAGUGAGCUGUCGCCCAGGUUAGUUGACAAUAACGUACCCUGACCAUGAUGUCAGUAUCUGAUUCAAGGUGUAGCGGUUGAAACCAAAGUAACCACUUUGUUCCGUGACCCACUUUCCUCAGGUUUAUUUUGUGAGCUUCAUGCUUGCACCACCAGUGCUAUGUUUGUUCACCCUGUGUGUUACCAAGACAUUCUCAUAUACACAGUCCUCCUGGGAUCCCCCUCGGCCGCACAACCUCGAGACAGACACGGCCAAUAACAAACAGAAAGGUUGGCUAAAAUUAUUUGUUAUCGAUUACAACGCUGUCACUUUCUGGACAGUUGUGACAAGGGAGAUAACUCUACCCUUCAUCGAAAUGGUUUUUGUUUCGCUUUAAGUGGUGAUUAACUGGUGGUCUGCUCCCGAAGGGAGUUAGGACUUGGAGGAACUGGUUCCAUACUCCUCGUGUUGGGUCGUCUUGUGGACUGCGUGGAGUGAGGUGUCUGAGGUUGCCUGCAGCAGUACUGACGGGAUCCCAGUAGACUGACAUAUUUGUUACUGUACAUACAUCCUGUUGUUGAGUUUGUGCUCGGCUUUGCUAUAAUUGUAAUUUAUUUACGACCUAGUGGUCCCGUAGUAACCUUGUGAUAGCACCACAUUUGUACAGAUGUCUAUACCAGGAUAUAUACAUGUCUGUCUGUUCACCACUCGUCUCUAUACUGGAGUUCAAGUCGUACACAUUAACUAAAUGUUAUGUUUGUUCCAAUUUCAGUUUAAAAAUUAACAUAAUCAGAGUGGACAGUUGCUUUGUCUGGUUUAUCUUUCUGACUGGUAAUUUUGGAAUUCUUUGAAAAUAUGUUCGAUUCUAACAAAGACAUGGAAACAUUGUCUGAAGCCUGGGCGUGUGUUAUGUCGGUGGUAUUAUAGACAGCGUGUGAGAUGGCUUCUAGAAGAGUUAGUGUGCGACAUAAUAACAUAGACAUAUAUACUAACCAUGACUAGGAUGGCGCUUGUCUUACAAUCAAAUAACAUUCAAAAGUUUUGCAAAAUCCUACUUACAAAAUGCAGGUGAAAAGUUGGGAGAUGUGUUAUCAACAGAAACCGAUCAAGUUAUAUUUUAUGUUUCACAGUGCUUUAUUUAUUGUGUGUUUAAUCUCAAGUCAGUUGAGUUUAAAUCAAAAUCAUUUCCGUCAACACAUUCCCUCCUGAUAUUUCGCAAAUAGUUAAACUUGAUGAAGCAAACAUGUCCGAUUUCCUCACCUUUCGUACUUUCUUGCGCUGGAAAUGAACCAACCAAUCAUCUGUGAGUCUCUGCUUCCCUGCACAGCCAUCUUACUGUCUUCCCGGGCAGAAGUGGGCUAGAUCUAGGGGUUUAAUCUGUCUGCAGGGAUCACUCGCCUCAACACACUGAGACAGAAUGAAGUCUCACAAUGCAAGAAAUUUUGCCUGGAAGAAGAGAAAUAAGUUUUGUUGGGGGAAAUUGUAUCAGACUUGAAUUUGCAAAAUCCAAGUGUAUGUUAGGUUAAAAUGUUUGGCUGUUACUUGAACAGAUUAAUUUGUAGCGUGAAGAUGUUGAUUUCUCAAGCCUUUCAUUCACAUCCAUUUUGCAGGUUUAAUUCAAGAAUGUUUGCGUUUCAUCAGUCAUGACAACAGCACCAUUCAUUUCCAUUCAGACGUAAUGUUUGGUUUUGUAGAGAUCUAGCUGGAGUGUUGAAGAAACUUGCUAUGUGCAUUUAAUUAACCAAAGCAUUGGACAGAUGCUUCAUGUUGACGUGUUGAUGCUCAGCUAAUAUCUAAGUCACUUUCUUGCAUGACCAAAUUGCAGUAGCAGGCGACCGACAACAGGGCCCGCAUUCCAUGGAGCGAGCCAUGUGGUUGAUGACACGGACGAGGAAAGAAUGAAUCACAGGGUCACUCCAUGGAACAAGGACCUGAUCUGUGCUGUGUUUUUGCUAUGCAGACCGCUAGCUGAUGUCAUACAAUUAUGUUAUAUUUUCAUAUGUGAUUUGUGUGAUACUUUUAUAAUUACUGUUUGUGAAUCUACUCCAGACCAUCUCUUUACAUCAUUUUAGAAUUGAGUUGUCUCCCUUCAAUCACUGCCAGACUCCAGUGAGAUGUACUAGUAUGUAAAGACGUUAACUCCAUGUUAAUUUACUAAAUUUUAUGUAAUCUGUCGAAGUGUGGAGGUAUGGGGAUGGGUACAUGAUUAAAAUAUAGAUUAUAUGUAAAAGGAAUUUGUUAUUAAUAUUUGGGUAAUUUGAAUAAUUGUUCUUGGUCUACAAUGAUGGCGUACAUAAUUGUUCCUUCUGAAUCUACAACUUGCACAUUAUUCAAAGAUCUGCAUUCAGACCGUACACAUAAACACUGGUACAGUUUUAUCUGUCAACGUUACCAAGUUUUGCCAUGUAUGUUUUAGUGAGUGAUAUUUAAUAUACCUUUAGGAAUUUGUGAGAGAAAGUGAUUUUUUGUUUCUUUUUAUUUUAAAUGGAUCGCUUUCUCUCUGCACUGUGUAUUCCAUAGUGUCACCAAUGCUUCGGAACAUCAGAUAUUUAAUGUAUGUCAUGAUAUUGUCGCCUACCUGCUGACUAGUAAUAUGGUGAAUUAAAACCUCAAACACCAA